UCACAUGGCAGUAGUAACUCUGCAGGAACAGCUAUAUUAUUAUGUAACAAUGCUAAUGUAGAGAUCCUGAAGUGUUACCCCGACCCAAAAGGUUACUAUUGUAUUGUUACUGCGCAUAUUUUUCAAACUACAUAUAUUUUAGUGAACACAUAUAGCCCAAUUCCGGACAAAGAUCAGUUUUUAUAUUACCAAAAUUUGAACAAUGUAAUUAAAACUAUUUUAGAUGACCACAAUUAUCCAAUACUAAUAGGAGGUGAUUUUAAUAACGUACUCAAUAAAGAGGAUGAUAGAUUAAGUGGAAAUUAUAGAAUUAAAAAGAAGGGAUUUAAAGAAAUAUUUAAUAUAAUAAAUACCUAUCAACUUAUAGAUAUAUAUAGAUUCAACAUGCCAAUGUCUAAAAAAUACACAUGGAAACAAAAGAAACCCAGCAUACACAGUAGGAUAGAUUUUUGGCUUGUAUCUGAGGCUGUUCAGGAAAGAAUAACCAACUGUAAAAUAAUUCCUAAUAUUCUUAGUGAUCAUUCCACAAUAUCAAUAAACUUAACUCAAAAUGAAUCGAAACAAGGCCCAUCUCUCCGGAAAUUUAAAAAUUUAACGCUACACUAA